GAAGUAUAUUGUCGAAAGCGGACAGGUGGAUUGAACACUCUUACGGAGACCUGCGCCCCGUUCGGACAUACUUUUCUCGGUUUUGCGCAAUCGUUUUGGCGAGUGCCUACAGUGGAAUCGCGCGGCCUGUGGCCAAUCAUAGUGGGUUGUGACUGACAGCAUCCGGCGUAAUCAACGGUGUUCCCGGAUUGCGUAAGAAGAUUCCCGGUCUGUGCCUGUUGGAGUUCUUGGGGGACACACGCAUACGCUCUCUAAUAGAGUUGGAUUUUUGUUGAAGGGGUGAUUUGACUUACAGGAUUAGCAGAAGAAAAACCGUAAAGGUUAGUUGGGAGUUUUGUGAUAAGACAUCGGGAUAAAAGGGGAAUUGUUUUUCCUAAAAAUAUCAAGUGGUGACAUUGUACCUAAGAAAUAUAACUGAGGGUGGCUCUGAAAUCUUUAAAUUUGAAAAGUGAAAUCAAUAAUGUGAAAUAUUGCAAGUGAAACAAUCAAUUGGAGCUGAUCGCAAUUAUUCCCAUACAAAGGAUUGUUUUAAGAUUUUAAUGGAUUGUUGUUAAUUUAUGACCACGGACUGAACGGAUAGUUUUAAAGUUUCUACAACUGGCUUUGGAAUCAUCUACUUGGAACGAGCAUAGUCAGUGAUAGCGUUAACUGAUACACUUGUUAUCAAUAUUAUCAGUUGGUGCUAACGGAUUUCCUUCCUUGUAGGAGCCCUUCCUACAACAGAAUCAAUCCGUUGAGAAUAUCAGAUUUUGUUUUCUUUUUCUUUUUCAGAGGCGACAUCGAGUUCAAGAUUGAGGAUGCGGUUGACGAGGUUAUUUUACACGACGUUGCUAAUCGGUAUAUUACAGAUCAAUCAUCCGCCAAAGUCUCUUGUGCAAUGUGAGAAAUCUUCCCGGGAUAAGUGUAGCAAGGCGCUGGAGAUUGUGGUGGCCGAUGAUCAGGUCGAAGUGGUCAAAGCGAUUAGCCCCGGCGAAGGAGGAGGUGGCGGUGGAGGUGGAGGUGGAGGUGGCAACAAUGGUGGAGUCAUAAGCGAACUAGAGAAACGGGAAAGUGAUCCCGAUCAGGUGGCACUGGAAUCCGUUGAUCAGGAUCAUCAGGGAUCGGCUACAUCGGUACACUCGCAACAGUCCUUCCCGCAGCACAUUCCCCUGUCGAUAGGGCUAGGGCCUCAGUCGCUGGGACCGCCACCUCCACCACCACAGCAUGGUCCUCCGCAUGGGCCGCCACAUGGAGCUCCGCAUCAUGGACCUCAUGGACCGCCGCAACAUCACGGACACGGUCCAGGUCCCGGAAGGAAUAACCCGUACAUCCUAGGUCAGCCUCAUGGGCUGGCACCUCCCCCGCCUCUACCGGCAGCCCAUGCCUACCACGGACCACCUCCGCCACCGCCCAAGCAUCACCCAUUGGAUCUGGGAACGGCCGCUGCCGAGAAGCAACUGUACGGUGUCCCCACCCUAGCCAGCAACGAUCUUUGGGCCUCACCGCUGCAGGACAUGCCCAAAAUCGUUUCCCUCGACGUGAAGUGCGAGAAGCAGGGUAUGAAGGUGUUUGUCCAGUUCGACAAACCCUUCUUCGGAAUUAUCUUUUCGAAGGGUCACUACAGCAACAUUAACUGUGUCCAUCUGCCGGCCGGAUUAGGGAAGACCUCGGCUACCUUUGAUAUUGGAAUAAAUGCCUGUGGAACGGCUGGAAACAUCGACAAUGCUUUGUACAACGGGUAUUCCGGAGCGGACUCCGGUGCUGGAUCCUACUUUGAGAAUAUUAUUGUGCUGCAGUACGAUCCUCAGGUGCAGGAAGUUUGGGAUCAGGCCCGUAAGCUGCGGUGUACCUGGCAUGAUCAGUACGAGAAGAGUGUGACCUUUAGGCCAUUCCCGGUGGAUAUGUUGGAUGUGAUUCGGGCAGACUUCGCUGGAGACAAUGUGGGUUGCUGGAUGCAGAUUCAGGUUGGCAAGGGUCCGUGGGCUUCGGAGGUGUCGGGAUUGGUGAAGAUCGGACAAACUAUGACCAUGGUUUUGGCGAUUAAGGAUGACGACAGCAAGUUCGAUAUGCUAGUGCGAAAUUGUAUGGCCCACGAUGGCAAGCGGGCCCCGAUACAGCUGGUCGAUCAACGAGGUUGCGUAACGAGGCCGAAGCUGAUGUCACGGUUUACGAAGAUCAAGAACUUUGGAGCGAGCGCUUCGGUGCUUUCGUAUGCACACUUCCAGGCCUUCAAGUUCCCCGAUUCAAUGGAAGUUCACUUCCAGUGUACGAUACAGAUUUGUAGGUUCCAGUGUCCGGAACAGUGUACCGAUCCGGGUAACUUGGAUGUUCAUCAUUUAUCUGGAGGUCCCGAACAUCAACAGUAUGGUCCACCGCCACCACCUCCGCAAUCGCUCGAUGCUCACGUUUUUGCCAACCGGAAGCGAGAUGAUCGACGAAUUCGUCGAACUCGUGCCACUGGAGAUGCCGACGAUAAGGAAGAUGUUGGUAUGAAACGAAUUAUCCGAGUUGUGUCCCCGGGAGAUCUGACGUUCCCGAUCGGUAGUCAAAACUCCACCAAUGAUAGCACCAUGAUCUUCCCGGCUAGAGAUGAAGGUCUGAUAUGUAUGACCACGCCUGGUUUUACUGUCACCAUUGUGAUCCUGCUUUCGAUUCUUCUCGGCUCGUGUGUAACUUCAGCCGUUCUCUGUAUACGACUUAAGCCUUUCCCAUUUUCCGCUACGGCUCGGAAAGAACGGGCGGUAGCCUUCACGAAUCCACGUCUGAGUCCUUCGACGGCUUCGAUUGUGUCCAGCGGACCAAGCUCAAUGGUUAGCGGUACCCUCAAGUCUACCAAAUCCAUGAAAUCGAGGAACUUCUACUCGUAAUCGAACCAAGACUGGUCAUCCUAGCACAAAGGCAUACACUAGCAUCACAACACACGUACACGAUACAUCCACAGAUCAAUAGCACUUGACACACCAUAUCCACCACUAACAGAACGUCAACCAAUCAAACCAAGUAAGCAUUAUUCGUCAUAAGUACAAGGUCCCGAUUCCCGUUCAAUACAGGCCAAAUAUCAAACAACACACCCAGAUUAUCCAGAUGUCCCACGAGAGAUUCACACGAGCUAGAGAAGACAAAACAAGCUAUUAUUUGUUUAUUUAUCCAUCGAAUUCGAUGCCUCGAUGGUGCACUAACAAUCAAACACACAAACUUAUUUAUUCUAGCAGUCUAAGUAGUCAACGAUCAAUGAACUGUCAAACGACAGAGCGUCCGGUUGGCGCUUGUUCUCGGCUCAUCGUUAGUCAACAGCUCAUCGCCCACUUUGGUCAACCCAUUUUUGUUUUCUGUUAAGUUUUCCUUGUUUUUUUUUCAAGUUUCAGUCAUUUGUUAUGAUUUUCUGUUUCUGUUAACAUUUGUUAUUGUUUUUGUUGGAUAUAAGGUUUUAACUGGCGAAGCAUGUUUCCGAAAUUCAUCACCAUCAUCAAAACAACACGGUGCGGGUGGGCUUGGACAUUCCGGCUGCUGCACGCGUUCGUUCGUUCACUGGGGUCGCCAUAUAAUUAUUUUUAAACUGAGAUCGGAUGAAGAACACGACUACGUAGUUCGAUGUUCGGGUUAUAGAUCGGCCUUUUGCCUUCCUGUUUUUCGCUGCUAUCUGUCUCUCUAACUUUCUCUGUAGAGAUAUUACGUUUAACGUGUACUUUUAAGGGUUUGUUUUACCUUUUUCCUUUUUUGCUCAAACGAUUCCAAUGGUUCCACUUUGAGGAUUCGCUCAUUCGAUCGUCGAUUCGAAGCUUCUGGAUUGAACAAAUGCUUCGACUCGGUUUCGCUAUCUCAGGUUUACAUCUUCAACUUACUAAUACUUUUAUUCGAAACUAAACACUUUUCAUUCGUAAAUCAACGCUCACACUUACGCAUUCAUUUUUCUCACACUCAUACACUCAUGAAUACCCGAGUUCACAUCGUGGAAUCAUUGAAAAAAAAACUAAGGAAACGAACAAUUUGCAGCGAUGCAGGCUUUACGGAAUCUUUAGUUUGUUAAAAUACUAACUAGGACUACUAACACGUAAGAAAAGCGAUUAUUUAUUACUCAUCUAACCAACGUCCCCUUAACAGUCGUCACAUUCCACUUCUACGGAUGGAAUCGUAGCAUUUUAGAAAUGCUACCUUUCUCUGAAUCGGAAUUUUUUAAUCAAACAUCGAUCCCCAUUCUAACUUUUCCACUAGAACAUUUUCCUAACCCCCAUUCGAAUAACACACACCUCAGUAGGCUAACUUUGUCCCUCGAAAAAAAAAAGAAACAAACUUGCCCACACAAGUAGUAGAGGUCGUAGUACUAGAUCGAAAAAAACUUUAACGUAAAAAAUCAUUGUUGAAAAAAUAUGUAAGCAAUUAUAUAUUUGUGCGAGUAAAAUGUAUCAUAUUUAUACUCUUAGCCCGUAGCUAGAAACCGAUUGGCACCUUGAAUGCGUCAAUCGUGUGAAGCAUUAAUACACCUAGGUUAAGCGAUACACACACCUAAAUAAAUAAAAACAAACAACUAGCCCUGUAAGUAACUUAUUGUAUACUAUUAAGAACUGUACUAGCAUUAACGGAUUUUUGGAAUCCCGCGAGUCGAAAGAUGCAUAUAUGGAAAAAAAACGCAACAAGACAAUCAAAAACACAAAACGAAAUAACCUCAAAACUAUCUUUCAACUGUAUCGAACUCUCACUUCUGUCAAAGGUAUCCUAUACUGGAAGGGUAGAUGUUUUCGUACUAUUCUGUCACUGAAAGCUAACAGUAGAAAAAAACUCUCUAUUUUCCUUCUGAAAUGAAUCUUAAUUUUUCCGGUACUUUUCCUUCUCGAUUGGUACUUAUUACUAUUACUUCUGUAAUUGGAACGUUGGGAAAAUUUCGGCAAACCAACCUGUGCUAUAGAACUCAUAACGACAAUUAAUAAAUAUCGACACAUUGUAA